AUCUUGACUUGUAGCCUGCACCAGACCACUUUCAGGAAGCCUGCGCAAAGGAGACCGAGGAUGGCGGCCAGAAGGCCCAAGGUGGCGAUGAAAAUCAGGCCUCCAGCAAAGAAGUCGAAUGCCGAGACUCAAUGGACAGAAACAUGGGAACGGCUGUCGACAGCGAUAAAAGAGAUAUACAAGAGAAAUGCUGGGGUACUGAGCUUUGAGGAGCUGUAUAGAAAUGCCUACAACAUGGUUUUGAACAAGCAGGGCGAUAAACUGUACAAUGGUGUGCGAGACGUCGUGACAGAGCAUCUUCAGCAGGUUGCAAGGGAUUUUGUUGUUCCAUCUUUUCCUCAAAUGGCUCCUGGAGGCGGGAUGACGGGGGGAACUGAAUUCCUCAAAACGGUGAAGAACGUAUGGGAAGAUCACACCACGUGCAUGUUGAUGAUUCGAGACAUCUUGAUGUAUAUGGAUCGUGUAUAUGUCAAGGCGGCGAACCUUGCUCCGGUGUACGAUCUUGGCUUAGAUUUGUUCCGGGACGUGGUGCAAAGGUCCCCAGACUACCCCAUAUCAAGGCACUUGAUCGCUACAUUGCUGUAUCACAUUCGAUUAGAACGAGAUGGCGAGGUCAUUGAUCGGCUAGUUCUGAAGAAUAUUAUUGAUAUGCUCUUAGGACUCAGUGAACCAAGGGGACCGACGCGCACACGUAACGACAAAACAGUGUACGUCACGGACUUUGAGGAGACGUUUUUGGAAUCCAGUCGAGAGUUUUAUCGGUUGGAAGGGCAAGUGUUCCUGCAGCAAUGCGAUGCCACAGAGUACCUUAAAAAGGCUGAGCGGCGGCUACAAGAGGAGGAGCAACGUAUAGCAAAUUAUCUGGCCUCAACCACAGAACCCAAAAUAAGACAAGUUUUGGAGGAGGAGCUACUCCAGAGACAUGUAAAGGCGGUGAUUGAGAUGGAAAAUUCGGGCUUAGUGGCUAUGUUAUCUAAUGACAAAUACAAUGACCUGAGCCGAAUGUACCACCUUUUCAGUCGGGUGUCUAAUGGACACGCGGAAAUGCGGCACAAUGCUUCGAGCUAUGUGGAGGGGUUAGCUAGGGCCAUCAAUGAGACAUAUGGUGGGAUGGGGGAAGCUGCCGAUCCUUCAACGAUCGCGACUUCAGCAUCUUUGGCAAAGGCUUCAGAGCAAGACGUGGAAGCCUCGGCGGCAUCAACACAACAAGCGAAUCCCACACAAUGGGUAGAAAGAAUACUAGCAUUGAAGGACAAAUUCGACAAGAUCCUAGAACAGUCAUUCGCGAAUGACCGACAUUUCGAAACAGAUAUAAAUGCUGCAAUUGAAAGAUCGAUCAACCAGAACAGAAAAGCUCCGGAGUUCGUCAGCUUGUUUAUCGACGAGAACCUACGAAAAGGCCUCAAGGGGAAAACGGAGAUCGAGGUCGACAGUCUCCUGGAUAAAACGGUUACUCUUUUCCGCUUUAUCGAGGAGAAGGAUGUGUUUGAGAGGUACUACAAGCAGCAUUUAGCCAAGCGGCUGCUUCUGGGCAGGAGUGUCAGUGAAGAUGCGGAGAAGAAUAUGAUUGGAAAACUGAAGGUUGAGUGCGGAUGCCAGUUCACAGUCAAGUUGGAAGGCAUGUUCAACGAUAUGCGGCUUGCAGCUGAUACGAUGGGUGAUUUCCGAUCCCACCUAGCGAAUUCUAUAACGGCACCAAAGAACAUGCCUGAACUAUAUGUUAACGUGCUGACCUCUACUUUCUGGCCUAUGAACACCGCUACCAGCGGGGAUACUUGCGUGUUUCCCACCGAGAUAACUGCGGCUAUGGAUCAUUUCCAGAGAUUCUACCAUUCGAGGCAUUCUGGUCGUCGGUUGACGUGGUUAACACAUAUCGGAUCUGCCGAUAUUAAGGCAAACUUCGAUAAGGGCCGAAAGGAAAUUAACGUUUCAACAUACGCCAUGGUGCUAUUGGUUGGCAUUUUCAAUAAACUUGCCGAUGGACAAUCAAUUUCGUACGACCGAAUUCGCGAAGAGAGCAGCAUUCCAGACCACGAUCUGAAGCGAACGUUACAAAGUCUUUCAGUGGCAAAACACCGGAUAUUGUUGAAGAGCACGAAAGGGCGGGAUAUCUCACCUAGUGAUCACUUCAAGGUCAACACCGGGUUUACCUCGCAGUUGCACAAGAUUAAAAUUCAACAGAUAUCGGCAACCUCUGGAAGCUCAUCAUCCGCUAGCAAUUCGAUGGAAACAGACGCAGAGCGAGCGGAUACGUUAGAAAAAGUCGAUGAAGCACGAAAGCACCAGGUUGAAGCCUGCAUUGUGCGGAUCAUGAAAUCAAGGAAGAGAAUGGAUCAUAAUAAUCUAGUCGCUGAGGUCGUAAAGCAAUUGAGCGCUCGAUUUUCUCCAAGUCCUUUAAUGGUUAAGAAACGGGUCGAGGGAUUGAUUGAGCGCGAAUAUUUGGAACGAGAUAAGAGUGACAGGAAAAUCUACAAUUAUCUCGCAUAACCUCCAUUUCAUCUACCUUUUGAAGCCGGGCUCUUUUUGGCGUUACCAUUUUUGCUUGAUCUCUUGUUGUUCCACCCAAUCCAUUUUUUGUGCAGAGCAAGACCAGCCCUACAGGAUUUGUGCCUAUGGCAGACGUGUUCCAGCCAGGAAACUCAAUCUACCCCAACUGUUACUACUUUCUUUUUGAAUAUGCUAGAUGCGUGUAUUUUUGUUCAUAAAUUUUGAGGCAUGAUUAUUAUAUUUGUCCUCUUGUUCAAUAGCGAGUUUUUCAACAAUUUGCUCAAAG